AUGCACGAUUCAGCUCAGGCACGACUCAUGUUCAAGCGCGUCGUUGAAUCUACUACUACUGCUGCUUCGUCUCCUGACAUAGGGUUCUCGUUUGCCAACAACCAUACACAAAGCAUCGAUGCCUUUCCUUCAACCAUAUCAUCUACUACUGCUACGACUACAUCAACUCUCCCGUUUGUCGUGGCGUCGCCUCCGCUGUCAGUGACAUCUUCCUCCUCCUCCUCCUCCUCGAUAGAAGCAGCAGCAGCACCCACAUCUCAACCAACUCUUGCUCCAGCAGCAACAUCUGCCACCAAAACAUCCGACAAUGAUUCUUCCUCUUCUCUUUCAGGUGGUGCUAUUGCUGGUGUUGUGAUUGGUGUAUUGGCAGGUGUGAUUAUCAUAUGUCUGCUACUAUUUAUUGCUCGACGACGACGACAACGACGAAAACGAUCAUCAACAAGCAUCCCACCGAUGACUAACAAUUUCCAUGCCGUUUCCACAACUACCAACAACAACAUCAACAACCCAUCAACACCGGCAACACCUGCUGCUGCUGCUGCUGCUGGACCAGCACUUUUUGAACGUCCUCAACAAACUCCUGAUGAUCCAUGGUUAGGGCAGGCCCCAUUGGGUACAUACACUGUGGUGUCAACUUACAAUCCAUCGCUGGAAGAUGAGAUUUACGUGUUGCCAGGUGACACAAUUCAAGUUUACGCCGAAUAUGAUGAUGGCUGGUGCCUCGGCAUGAAUAUUAGCAGAGGUAACGCGCGUGGUGUAUUCCCCAAGCAUUGCAUCACUGUGGAUCAAGAUGAUAUUACAAACGAAGGCGCCGACACGUUGGAUGACGCUGGAGCACUAUCACCACCACAAGCAGAUAAAAGAAGAAGUAGAAGGACAAGCUCUCUUUUCAACACUGUACAGAAUUCACAAGAUAUCAAGUACUAG